GCUAGAGCUUCGGAUCGGGCUUAUAAAUACACGAGCUGCCUACUAAACAUCUCCACACCUCAAGCAACGCCUAUGCUUAGUCAUACUCUCGUAUAGUCAUAUAUAUAUACAUAUAUACUCAUCAUACUACGCUGCGGCAAAUUUAUUUACCCAAAAACAAGAGCUUACACGCUUCUAAAAACCUUCCCCAUCGUGAGGGGAAUCCAACGGAGAAAGAAUCGUUGAAAACGGUCGUGAAACGAGGUAGAAAAGCUUCACCGGAGUUCUGCGGGAGCUAUUGCCGAACUGGGUCUUCGCAUCAGAGGAAGAGAGUUGCCGCCGCCACUGAUUGACCGUCUCCAUCUUCGAACGACUCCCCUACCGUUGCCCUUCCAACCGUCCGUCGUCUCCAAGGUGAUUAUUUAGAGACCCGAGUAGAGGAGGAGAAUUAGGAGCGUCAGGACCUACUGUAAGUUUCUCUGCCGAUCCAAAAUGAUUUCCUCGUAUUAUAUGCUUAUUAUGCAUUUUGUGAUUAUUUAGAGACCCGAGUAGAGGAGGAGAAUUAGGAGCGUCAGGACCUACUGUAAGUUUCUCUGCCGAUCCAAAAUGAUUUCCUCGUAUUAUAUGCUUAUUAUGCAUUUUGUGAUAAAGAGUGAAUUUUGAAUUAUGUGUAUGUGAUUUUGAGGAGAUAUUAGAUUUAUGGUAUGUUUGAAGUGCAAACGAAGUUCUUUUGGGUAUUAAAUAUUUUUAGAUACUUUUGAGACUAUUUAGAGAGAUUGAGAAAUAUUUUUGAAGUAUACUUAAUUCAAGAUAAAAUUAAGGAUUUCAUAAGAGGUGAGCACCCGGGAGAAAUCCGUGGUGUCGGUUUUCCACAUCCGGAUAAAUGUGGAGGGUGAUUAAGGCUGCUACUACUAAGAAGUACAGUUUGAGUUUGAAGUGACGUUUGGAUCUAUGAUCCCUUUUAAGAAGAAGUUAUAGUAGUAGUAGUCCCUAAUCAUUCAAGAAUUUUAAAGGUGGGGUAGUUGGUAGACUGAGUCCCGAUUACUCGUGACGACUUACUACUCGGAGGGCUUGGAAUCCCUUUUAGGGGGUGUGCACACUUAAGGUAGUCGUUUCGUUUCCAUUAGCAGUCGUGGUACCGGCAAAAGUCCCGGGGUGGCCGUACAUAACAACGUAACCACCGGGCUCAACCAGAGUGUUGAGCACCGCCCUUCUAAAUUACUAGGAAGAUAUAGAAGAAGUGAAUUUUGAGGAAUUAUAAGAGAAGAGUUACUAUAGUAUUUUCAAAGAAAAGUUGAGGACUUUAUUAAAGAAGUGAUCUUGAGAAAUAUCAAAGAGAAAAGAAUUUUGGUGGAGUGUGUCAUUUUUAUAUAGUAUUAUAUGAAAAACUAUUUUUCGCCAAACCUGAUUAUUUUACGGGGUUGGGUAGUACUUACUUAGCUCUAAAGCUAAUUUUUGUUUCCUUUUCCCUGUUUUGUUUUCUGCACUUUAUUUGUGCAGGUGAUGAUGCUUAUGUGGACUGAUGAUUGUAUGACCACGAGAGCGGUUUAGAAAUGCCUUAGUCAAACCUAGUCAAGAAUUAUAAUUCAAUUAUGUUGAACACUUGUUUUACUCUAUUUUGUUUUGGAAUAGCCUGUGCAUUCGGUUAAGAGAUGACCGGAUGUGGCGGUAACACCCAUUUCCCAAUUAAUGUUAUUUUCGCUGCAAAACUUUUUAUCUGUUUUGAAAGAAUAAAUCAAGUUUAUUAUCAAUAAAUCUAUUAUUUCAAGUAUUAUUUUGGGAGGGAAAAUGGGGGUGUUACAGCUAGGCGGGAGACUUGUCUCCUGGUUUAGCAAGAAGCAAAAUUCCAUCUCAACUAGCACUGCUGAAGCUGAAUACAUUGCUGCUGGAAGCUGCUGUGCUCAAUUACUCUGGAUGAAGCAACAACUCAAGGAUUAUGGUGUUCAAACAAAGGAGAUCAAGCUGCUCUGUGACAAUACCAGUGCUAUUGCCAUCACUCAGAAUCCAGUGCUACAUUCCAGGACAAAACACAUUGAGAUCAGACAUCACUUCAUCAGAGAUCAUGUGGAGAAGAAGCAUAUAUCAAUUGAGCAUGUUCCAACUGAAGACCAGCUUGCAGAUAUCCUAACCAAACCUCUCUCUGAGGCAAGGUUCAACAAGCUAAGAGAAGAGCUGGGAAUGAUGGAUGAUCUUCCCAGAGAUGCGUGAAUCAGAGUUGCUGAAGGAUCAGAGUUGGUAUCCAUCAGAGGACCUCGUAUCAGAAUACCCCAUCCUCUGAUACAUGGGUGACUAUUCAUCAGAGUGGCUGUGGACUUAGAAAAUUUUCUGAAAUUUGGGCGAACUCAUUUAAAUGGAUCGGAAG